AUGAGUGCUGAAAGCAUAAGUGAUGAUUCUAGCCUUGACAGCUUCCAAACGGAUUACCGGCGGAAUCUAUCUCUAGGUCGCCUUCCCGAGUUCCUCUCCCACUUCACCUUUGGUUUUGCAGAUGGCCUCAAGGUUUCAUUCGCACUGACGGCAGGAUUAUCGUCCCUAGGUUACACUAAGACGGUCAUCUACGCCGGGAUGGCCGAAAUUUGUGCUAGGUGCAUCAGCAUCAGCAUGGGCAUCGGUGGAUAUCUUGCGGCGAAGGGGGAAAUAGCCAUGAAGAGCCGAGAUCACGGCGAGGGGCUCGAGUUGGCUGGACGAGAGAGCAUCUUAGAAUAUCUCGCACCCUUAGAACUCCCGCCUCAUCUUCUCCAAUACGUAAAAGCUCAUAUCGACUAUAAUCCUGCUGUGUCGCGGCGGCUGCUGUGCCACUUGAACUCGACUGCCGAUGGUUUAACAAGUAAGACCAAGGGAUUCCCGCCUGCGGUGGUCGGACUGUCAGAAUCCGUCGGGUACAUGCUCGGUGGACUGCUACCGCUGUUCCCGUACUUCUUCGUCGGUCAAGUUGCUGAUGGUCUGCGUUGGAGCUUCGCUGUCUGCAUUUUGGCCUUGUUCGUCUUCGGGUUUGCCAAGGACUAUCUUCUCCAUAACGAGUCCGUUGGAAGUAGUUGGCGAUAUGGAGGUACAAAAAGAGGCCCUGUCGUGUGGGAAAGGGUGAAAAAAAGGCUGCUGGGAAGGGAUGUGGAUGGUCGUCAUUGUAUAGCUCCAGGAUUCCGUCGUGCUAUUAUACCCUCCCCUAAGUCGUCUAGUAAACAGCUCGAAUUAUAG